AUGAAAACGACAAAAGAUACAAAAAUCGAAUAUCUAUCCAAAGACAUUAUUGAAGAAGAAUUUACAAAAUCUCUGAGGUUAAUGUAUCGCUUGCAAAUGUUAAUGGCAUCUACCAGGGUUGAUCUGAAAGACCGCUUCGUGACUACUCCGUCGCUGCUUCAGAAGUGCCAUACUAUGCUCAGUGUAGUCCUGCUACUUGGGUUGGACUACAUAGUAAUACACAAGUAUGAUACAAUCCUAUUUGACAAUGAAACUAUAUAUUAUUUGAGCUCGUGUGUGACGGGACUGCAAACUCUUACGUUCAUAUGCAACAUUAUUCAUGUGCGGUUCCUAAACGGGGAUGAUAACGUGGAAUUUUUCGUUAAACUCCAACAAAUCGACCGGUGUAUGAACAUACAUCGCAACAAAACUGUAACUGCCCUACUAUUGAAGACUAACAUUUUUUCCUUAGCAGCUGUAUUUGUCAUCUUCAGUGUACUCGUUGCUAUUGCUACAGCAAAAGGCACUGCCGCAUUCUGGCCUUACAUAGGCAUUGCGUACUCGCAACUUAACUUUGUCUUGGAACUAAUAUGCUGUUCAAAUAUAUUCGUAUAUUUUUACAUACGAGCACGUUUUAUCAAUUCUAUAAUUAAAAAUUAUCUGGAUCCGAAAAAGACUCAAGAGAUCCUCUACUCAAGGAAUAGAUCAUAUUUUUUGUUUACCACCAAAACGUUUAUGAGACGGCUCGCUGCUCAGACUCAUAGUUUCCUAACAAGUGAUACUGAUAUUUAUUUGAAACAAUUAUUGGAUGGCUUUUUCAAAUUUCAAGACAUUUACAAAUUUCAGAUUUUUAUGUUUUGCUGCAAACUAGUGGGAUCGAGUAUUUUAACAUUCGAAUUUAUGUUGUUUGCCGUACAGAAUGACACCGUAGGCAUCUGGGACAGUCUGACGCCAUCAUUUUUCACCAUAAUCGACUUGGUUAUGGCACUCUUACUAGGGAUCCGAUGUGAAUUGUUUAUCAGAGAGGUGAAAGAAACUAAGCGAUUGGUGAUAGCUGUUAUGUCGAGGCAUUAUGAUGGUAGACUGAGGGAGAAAUCAAAUAGGAUGUUGAAACUAAUAGAAGAAACUCCACCGCACUUCUCCGUGUACGACAUGUGGCAACUGGACGCAAAUGUUCUGUUACAGAUGUUCAUGCUGGUCACUGGCCUUAUCGUCACACAAAUGCAAUUUGCUUUCUUGUGAACCAAUUGUUACGCAAU